AUGGCCGAUGGGCAGCCUCUAUGCGUAGCCUCGACGUCCCCUUGCGACCAUUAUUUCAAGGAUGCCGAAUGGUCUCCAGAUGGCACGACCCUUCUCACGAACUCGGCGGACCACCGUAUCCGAACAUACCUUUUGCCCCACGACCUCUUGGAAGCUUCAUCGCCCCAUCGCCUUGAGCCCUAUUCAACUCUUGCUUGUGGGGAAACAACAUAUGCGACAGCAAUCUACCCCCGGUACGACCUGGCCGAUCCAUCAACCACAGUGUUUCUGACUUCGAUUCGAGACCACCCUAUCCGACUAACGUCCGUUUUCGACUCCGAGCCUAUCGUAGCAAGCUAUUCAAUGGUCAAACCAACCACUGAAGCCUUCAUCGCUCCACACUCCCUUCUAUUCCCUCAAACUCUUGGAGGGACCCAUUUUCUCGCCGGAUCAGAUUCCCUCAUUUGUGUUUUUGACGUCGAGCAUACGGGUGCCGCUGGGCCCAAGUCCUGGCUGCCUACCGUAUCGGGCAGAGAUACUGCCAGCAUGAAAGGAAUUGUGUCCGCCAUGGCCAGUAAUCCCUCAGGAAACGGGACUCUUGCUGCGGGGACAUUCACGCGACGUAUUGGGCUGUAUGGCUCGAAUGGCACCGGAGACUGCCAGGGAACUUGGCACAUCGGAAACACCGAGGCAGAUCGCGAGAUCGGAGGCAGAGGGGUCACUCAACUACUCUGGAGUCCCUGUGGGCGCUAUCUGUAUGCUGCGGAGCGUCAGAGCGAUGGUGUUAUCGUGUAUGACAUCCGAAGAACAGCAAGUGAACUUGGCUAUCUCUGCGGACGGAAAGCGGUCACGAACCAGCGGAUGAGGAUUGACGUUGUUUCUUCCGGCAGCGAUGGCUCUCACGAGAUCUGGGCUGGUGGGACCGAUGGGUUCAUGAGAGUCUGGAGAGAUCCUGCGUUUUCUGUGGGCAAAAAGGAUCCCGAUGCUGAGUUUCGAGUUCAUGAUGACGCUGUUUCCAGCACCGUCUUUCAUUCCAUGGGCAACUCGGACGACUCGGACGACUCGGACGAUUCUGACGCCUCGGAUGACUCUGAUGACAGUGACCGGUCCAAUAAUUGCUUGAAAGUAUGGUCGAUGCCCUUCCUGGAGGGUGCUGAAGUGGCCGAUGACACCUAUUAG